UAUAGGUUCCAUUCCUAAGGCUCUUAAUGAAAAGGCAGAUUUGCUAAUGAGUUUGGAGGAUAAUCCUGGACUUUGCCUGGUGGAUUCAUGCAAAAAGCAGAACUUUGUCAUUCCACUUGUUGCUUCUGUUUCUGCUUUAGUUGCAAGCCUCUUGGUUUGUCUAGGAAUAUGGAUCUUCAGAAUCAAGAAAUUGAAAGUGCUUUUCUCUGUUUCUACAAAUGAAGAAGCGUUACAACUAAAAACCAAGGCAGUUUCAUACUCCAUAAUACUUAGAAUCACUGAUAAUUUGAAAAACUUAAUUGGAGAAGGAGGAUUUGGAAAGGUUUAUUAUGGCACUCUGGAGAAUAAUGUUCAUGUUGCUGUGAAGUUACUUUCUCAAUCAUCAAUGCAAGGUUUCAGAGAAUUCCGAUCAGAGGUGGAACUCUUAAUGGUUAUUCAUCAUAGACACUUGGUUUGUCUGAUUGGAUACUGUGAAGAAGGCGCUGUGAGGGCAUUAAUUUAUGAAUAUAUGGCUAAUGGCAAUCUUCAACAACAUUUAUCAAAAGAGAACCCCAGUGUUUUGAAAUGGAAUGAGAGGCUUCAAGUUGCAUUGGAUGCUGCACAUGGAUUGGAUUAUUUGCAUAAUGGUUGCAAGCCACCAGUAGUUCAUAGAGACUUAAAGACGUCCAACAUUUUACUAGAUGAAAACAUGCAAGCCAAGAUUUCUGACUUUGGAUUAUCUCGAGCUUUUGCAAAUGAUGUUGAUAGUCAUGUAACAACUUGUCCUGCUGGCACACCGGGUUACCUUGAUCCUGAAUUCCAAAGUUCUGGAAACUUGACCAAAAAGAGUGAUGUUUAUAGCUUUGGAAUAAUUUUACUUGAGCUAGUCACAGGUCAACCAGUGCUAAAAAGAGAACUUGGCACAGUUCAUUACAUUCUUACUUGGGUUACCCCUAAACUUGAAAUGGGGGAUAUCCAAUCUAUCAUAGAUCCAAAGUUAGAAGGAAAUUACAGCACUAAUUCAGCUUGGAAAUUAUUAGAGAUAGCUAUGUGUUGCACUUCAGCAUCUGGAGUUGAAAGGCCUGACAUAAGCCACGUAGUAGCUGAACUAAAGGAGUGUUUGGCUCUGACCAAAAGUAUGGGGUGGAAUUCAACCAUUGAUUUGGAAAUGGCUUCUGUGGGGUCUGAUUCAGGGCUUAUUCCUCAUGCUCGGUAGAAUUUGAGAUUACUUUCUCUUCAAAUUGAUGAAGCUGUGGACCAUUAUCACAUUAUCAGCACGUUCAAAGUUGAAUGACAUGUCGUAUUUGUAUUGUUAGUAUGCUUGGUUCAAACCGUGGUUCUUCUUCUUGCUAUUGCUGGUGUCUCUGUGCUUUGUCUUCCUCUUCAGUGUCGAUCCUUUUUGUGUUUCUCUAUUAUGUAUUUACGAAUUUUACUUUGGUUGUUGAACUUAUUGGA